GAUAUAACACACUUUAUAUAUUUUUGCAGCUAGGCAUGGACAGUAUAUUGUUGAUCAACCAUUCUUUAAGUCUUAAUGUUCUGAGCAUAGCAGAGAAUGAAGAUUUUAGCAAGUUUAGCCUUUUGUGGCUAGUUUGUGGUCGGCUCAGCCUCAGCGUGUAAACUUGGACCGACGUUCCCGUUUGCUGAUGGAAUCUCCCCGCUUGAAGUUUAUCUGUAUAAAAGGGAGGGUAUGCUUCAUUUUCGCGAGCCUCUCGCAAUUGUUUUAUAUAUACCUUUAUAGUACAUACUACAAUAAUAUGGCUACAGCGUCGGCAUCCUAUCCUACCUCACUUACGGCAGUACUAGCUCUUAACGUUACAAACACCGUCCUCUCGGCCGCUGCAGCUGGUGGAUCCAUAUUCAUGUCUUAUCGUCUUCGUAAACAGUACCAGAUGGCAUCAAUACUUGCAUCUCUGUGCUCCGUAGCGAUGCUUAUAUUCCACGCCUUUGCAUUCGCUAGAUGGAUGGGCAACGGAGGAUAUGCGAUGGUUGCAAAGAUGCUGUUACUCCAAUGCAUAUUUCCACCUCUGCUGUGGUGUCUUUUAUCCUACAUAAUACGAAUCAUGGCUUUACCCCGACUACGGUUUCAGGCACCAUCGGAUGAGAUGGCUCAAUCAAGAAGUAUCCUGCGACUCACUUACUUUAUCACGACCGUGCUGGUAAUCGCCAGCUUGAUACUAGCCAUCCUAUGGGGCGUUAGUGAUUCGCCAAACUUUAAUCCUACAAUUACUGCCUUCUAUUGCGUCUCCGUCAUCGGACCUCUCUACCACAUGAAUGCUUUUUUCUAUUCCUUGUACAAGAUCAAAUAUUAUCGAGAUAUUCGUCCGUUUUUAAGUCCUCUUUCGGUGGUGCUUGUCCUUUUGUGCUUGGGCACCCUUGGGGCUUUCGCUGCAGUUCUAGUGGAACUUACUGCACGCAGCAGGGACGAUGUUGUCUAUUUGAUGUAUACUGUUAUGGUCAGAACCGCAGGAUUGGUCGCUUUAAUUAUGAUUACGUUCCUAUUCCCUACCGUGUGGAUCCGCCGUAUCCGGGAGCAUGAAAUCAAAAACGAGCUGAUGCAAGACGACGGUGGUGAUGACGCGCAACCAUCGUGGAGCCCUAACAGUCCAUAUGAUACGAAUCAGCGCGAUUACAUCACCAUUGAUAAUCAGCAGCAACAGCAGCGACCCUUUGCUCGGGCUCAACACUAGUCGCGCUCAGAAAAUAUAACAUUAAACGAAAGUGUUUUCUGUCGUGAACACAAUACACAACAUAUCAUCAUGCAAGUGCGUUCCCACAACGCCUUAAUUCAUAUUUACAAAUAUGUAAUACUU